ACAAUUUUUUUACUAACAUUUCUAUUGGUGUUGAUAUAUUUUUACUGAGAGCGAGGAAAAGACUUUCUCUGCGCGUAAAAGUCCCUCCUGAUUGAAUUAUUAAUUAACUGGAGAGGAGCAGCGGCUACAUACUGUUGCUGAUAUUUUUCUUUCGCGCUCUGCACAGACUUUCACCAAACGGAACCGGGAGUUAAUUAGAGCUUUUUUAAGUGAACCAGCUAAUAAACUGUUGGAUUCUUUUUCCUGCUUCGGGAAGCUGCGCUCCUUCCUGGACCUAAAUCUUUAUUUUCGCUUAAAGCCCUUUUAAACUGGAUCACUAAGAGACAGAUCCGCUAUCGUGGCUCUGCAGACACUUUGCUGUCUUCUCCAACUGAAACGGGUUUGAUGGAAACAUGAACAAAGCUACAACCGGACCACUUCCCCUGCACAGCCUCUUUCACCUGCUCCCACUGCUGCUCUUUCAUGUCUCACCGGCAUGUCUGUCCGCGCAUUCCGGGCAUCCAGCGCGCUACUUCGGCCAAAUAGCGGAGAACUCUCCGGCUGGGACGCCGGUGGACGGAGUGGUAUUGUCAGUCGGAGCUGGCGGCUGCCCCGGUGCGGACCUGAAUGCCAGUCUGAAGGGGGAUUAUGCGUCGGAUUUUAGGCUGGUUCACCACAGCGGGCACCGAGACCACUGGAGGUAUCUGGGAUUGAUCUCUGCCAAACCGCUGGACCGGGAGUUUAUAGCUAUGUACGAGUUGAUGGUGGCGCUGCCGCAGCGGUGUCUGAGGAGACCAGUUGCCGUCCAGGUCGAGGUGGCGGACCAGAAUGACAACAUACCCCGGUUCACCAGCGGGAACAAGACGAUUGAAGUGGACGAACUGACACCGCUCGGUACCGAGCUGGCCCGCUUUGAUGCAAAGGACAGUGACGCCGAGAGAAAUGGACGCGUUACUAUUUACGCGUCUCCAGGUUCUCACCUGUUCCACGUGGUUCCCCAAACCGGUCAGGUGAAGCUGGUCGGGUCCCUGUUGGGUGUCAGCCAGGUGACUCUUCACCUUUAUGUGAAGGACGACGGAGAUGUGGCGUUGAUAGGUGAGCCGGUGUUCCUGCGCGUCAUCGUGCGCCACUCCAGCAGAGCGCGCCGGAGGCCUCGGGCUUUGUCCGAGGAGCUGACCUACACCGUGACAGUCCCAGACCACGUUAGAGUGGGAGACCUGGUGUUCACGGUGCCGGACCAGAUGUUUGAGCAACGGUGGUUCGAGGUGAUAUCCGACCCAGAUUCACCGGUCCAGAUCGAGCGGGACUCGGGGCGUCUGUACCUGGCGCGCAGCCUGCGGGAGCCCGCCGAGGUCGUGGUGAAGAUCCAGAACCUGCGAGGUGACGAGUGGUACCUGUGCAGACUGACUCUGAGCAUGCCCAGUCAGGCCAACCUGCAGUGGGCCAUGUUUCCCUCACCUUACCUGGCCGCUGUGGGUCCUGACGCUACACCUGGCUCUGUCGUGUACCGUCUGUUGGCACGGCAGCGAGAUGGGACUCAGGGGUCAACACAGUUCCUCCUGCUGGAUGGAGGGGAGGAGUGCUUUGAGGUGGAUCGUCGCUCUGGUGAGAUCAGGACUACAGGACGACCCCUGACCCCCAGUAAGGAGUACCUGCUGCGUGUGCAGGUGAUGGACGGACAAGGGCGUAAAGGCCCAUCAGCCACAGUGGCCAUUCUGGCUGGUUACCGGCCACCACAGUUCACCAGCUCUACCUACAGCCUGAACAUACCGGAGAACACACUUGUCGGCCAACCGGUUGCGACGGUUCAGGCCAUCUCCUUCCAGAAGAAGAGUCUCUCCUACAUGCUACUGUUGAAUCCUGGGAACUUGUUCAGCAUCAACCAGGAGAGUGGAGCGCUCAGCCUCACCAGGACCAUCGACUACGAGAGCGGGCACAACCUCCACACCCUGCAGGUCCGAGCCUCUGAGCCCGACACCAGCCUCAGCGGCGUGGCGGAGGUGGUCGUCCACAUAACUGAUGAAAAUGACUGCACGCCAGAGUUCCUGCACUUGAUCUACACCAGAGACAACAUACCUGAGAGCGUUGCACCUGGAACCUCACUGCUGCAAGUGCUGGCGCGGGACUGUGACUCCGGUGUGAACUCGGAGCUCUCCUACUUCGUUCACGGCAGUGAUUUUGACAUCACGCCCAAUGGUGUGGUCAGCCCCACCCGUCGUCUGGACUACGAGCGGCCCAAUCACAUCUAUGAGUUUGUGGUGGUUGCCGUGGAUGCAGGGAUGCCCCCCCGCACUGGCACUGCCUCUGUCCGAGUCCGAGUGACCAAUAGCAACGACGAGGCACCUGUCUUCUCCCAGAGCGUUUAUAAGACCUUCCUCAGUGAGGACGCCGGUCCAGACACACUAGUCGCCAUCGUCCAUGCCAACGACCCGGACGGAGAUGCCGUCUCCUAUGCCAUCACUGGCGGCAACGAGGACAGCAACUUCCUGCUGGACAACCAGAAGGGCAUCAUCAAGCUGAGGAGGAGUCCGCCUCCCAGACUUAGGGGACCUCAGUAUGUCCUCAACGUCACUGCUACGGACGAUAAUGCCUCUGGUGGGCCGUACCCACUCAGCAGCUCUGCACAGGUCAUUGUAGGAAUCAAUGACAUCAACAACAACAAACCGGUCUUCCACGAGUGUCAGAACUACAGUCUGAAUGCCGCCGUCCUGGAGAACCAGCCUCCGGGGACGUUUGUCCUUCGUAUCCAGGCCCAUGACGCCGACAUGGGGAUCAACGGAGAGGUCCGAUACGGCAUCAUGCACAGAGAUGGGGUGUCGUCAGGGUUUCACAUCGAUCCUGACACUGGUGUGAUCACCACGGCGGUGAGUUUCGACCGCGAGCGUCAGAGGGAGUUCACGCUGUCGGUGACGGCCACAGAUCAGGCUGAGGAGCCGCUCAUCGGGAUCUGUCAGAUCACAGUGCUCAUCUUGGACGAGAAUGACAACGACCCCAAGUUUGAAAACAGCCGCUACCAGUACUUCCUGAGGGAGGAUUCUCCUGUUGGAACUAGUUUCCUCCGAGCGGCAGCACACGAUGAUGACCAGGGGAGCAACGCGGCCAUCACCUACUCACUGUCCAAUCAAAAGCCGGCGUACCUGCACAUCAACCCCAAUACUGGCUGGAUUUAUGUGAACCACCCUAUCUCACAGACAUCCAGGAUCAACCAGCAGAUCGUGGCAUCAGACGGAGGGAACCGCAGCAGCUCUGUGGAGCUGACCGUCAUCAUCACCAACGUCCACAACCAGCCGCCUCAGUGGGAGCAGCCCGAAUACUGGGUGACUGUGCCAGAAAACACCGCCCGAGACGCCAAGAUAGUGACCAUCAAGGCCACGUCCCCGCUCGGUGACCCCCGAGUGACCUACAACUUGGAGGAAGGUCAGGUGCCAGAGACCAACAUGCCGGUGCGGUUCUACAUCAAACCAAACCGUGCAGACGGCUCAGCGUCCAUCCUGGUAGCCGAGAACCUCAACUACGAGACAACACAGUUCUUCACGCUCAGAGUGCGAGCACAGAAUGUUGCCGCCGUGCCGCUCGCCUCCUUCACCACCGUUUAUGUCAACCUGACAGACGUGAAUGACAACGUUCCUUUCUUCCUGUCAUCCACCUAUGAGGCCACGGUUCCUGAAGGAGCAGAGGUCGGCACAUCGGUGGCUCAGGUGUCGGGCACAGAUCUGGACUCUGGUCUGCACGGGCAGAUCCACUAUGGGAUCUUGAAGGAUGAAAGCGGUGACUCCCAGUUCUUUGGCAUUGACUCGCACAGCGGCAUAAUUGUCACUCGAGCUUCUUUCGACCGUGAGCAGAAAGCCUCGUACCUGAUUGAGGUGCAGUCACAGGAUGGCUCCGAGUCAGCCCGACCUGGCCAGCACGGACAACCCAACACUGACACAGCCUACGUCAGGAUAUUUGUCACCGAUGUCAAUGACAACGCUCCGGCGUUCGCCCAACCAGUGUACGAGGUGAGCGUGGAGGAAGACAAGGAGGUUGGCUUCAUCCUCAUCACCGUCACCGCCAAUGACGAGGACGAGGGUGCCAAUGCCAAGCUGCGCUACCAGAUCACUUCAGGAAACACCAUGGGCACCUUCGACGUGGAGCCCGAGGUGGGCACCAUCUUCGUGGCUCAGCCACUGGACUACGAGAUGGAGCAGCGCUAUGAGCUCCGCCUGGUUGCCUCUGAUGGGAAGUGGGAGAACGAGACGCUGGUGGUGGUUCAGGUGAUCAAUCGCAACGAUGAGGCGCCUGUCUUCAGCCACACCGAGUACCGUGCCACUGUGACCGAGGAGCUCAGCCAGCUGCCAGUUCUCAUCCUGGAGGUGUCAGCCACAGAUCCGGACCAGGAAGCCGAUCAGACCGCCCUCCGCUACUCUCUCCAUGGCCAGGGUGCCGGGGGUGAAUUCACUAUUGAUGAACACACUGGGAGGAUCUAUGCCCAGCGCCGUCUGGACCGUGAGGAGCGCCCAGCCUGGAGAUUCCUCGUCCUGGCCACAGAUGAGGGAGGCGCAGGUCUCACAGGAUUUGCUGAUGUGCUCUUAGAGGUCAGAGAUGUCAAUGACAACGCGCCUUUCUUCCCAUGCCCGGCAUUGGAAGUAGACGGAUGCUUUGUUGGCCAAGUGCCUGAAAAUUCACCUGCUGACACCUCUGUCAUGGAGAUGCGUGCCAUGGACCUAGACGACCCCAACAAGGGCGCAAAUGCCAUGCUGACUUACAGCAUAAUCAAAAACAUCCGCAACGAGAUCAACCUCAACCUGUUCUCUAUCAAUGCCACCACGGGGACCAUCUACACAGUUCUACGUUCCCUGGACCGAGAGGCAGAGGACCAUUACCUGGUAGUGGUUGAGGCCAGGGAUGGAGGGGGACUGGCAGGGACAGGGACAGCCACUAUAAUGGUUUCAGACGUCAAUGACCACCCACCCCUCUUCACUCAGAGACUCUACACUACUCAGGUGACAGAAGACUUGGAGGUAAACAGUGAGGUUCUUGUAGUUUCUGCCACAGAUGGAGAUGAGGGGGAAAACGCUGUGGUAACCUUCAGCAUCGUCAGGGGUGAUGAGGACAGGAAGUUCUUUGUGGAGACGGACAAAGUGAACCGACGUGGGGUGAUAAAACUUAAGAAGAAGGUUGACUUUGAAAAACCCCAUGAGAGAAGUUUCAAUCUGACUCUGAAGGCUGAGGACGCUGACUUCUUCAGUCUGGCUUACUGUGUCAUUCAGGUGGAAGACUCCAAUGAUAACGCCCCUGUCUUCCUCCCACAGUUCUAUGAGUCACCUGCCAUGUCUGAAGACGUAUCUGUCGGGACUAUUGUUGCUCAGGUUACAGCUUCUGAUCUAGACUCAGGCCAAAACGGACGUUUUUCUUACAGUAUUUCCAAAGAGUCUGACCCUUACAGCCAGUUCCUGGUGGACCAGUCUGGUUGGGUGGUAGUGGCCAAUUCUCUGGACAGGGAGAAAAUCUCGCAGCACAGGAUCAUGGUCCUCGCCACAGAUGCUGGGACUCCACCCCUGACUGGCACUGCCAUUGUCAUGGUGACUGUACUCGAUGUUAACGACAAUGGGCCAGAGUUCGAGGUCUGCUAUAAGCCUGUUGUUUGGGAGAACACGGCAGCACCACAGGCAGUUCAAAUAAACGAAACCUCCCUCCUACUCCACGCCACCGAUCGCGACACCUCCACCAAUGGGGGUCCAUUCUCCAUACGUCUCCUCAUGCUCACCUCAGACGCCACCAACUUUAAUCUGACUGACUUUCGCAAUGGUAGCGCAGCCAUCACAGCCCUACGGACCUUUGAUCAUGAGCAGCAGAAAGAAUACCGGCUCCCAAUUCUAAUGAUUGACAGUGGCUCACCUCCAAUGAGUUCCACAAAUACACUGACGGUUGUCAUCGGUGACAGGAAUGACCACCCCCACUUGCCAGGACACACAAAGUUCGUUGUGUACAGUUAUGAGGGCAUUCUCCCAGCGACAGUGCUCGGACAAGUUCAGUCCCCCGACCUUGAUGACUGGAGUGAGAAGGUGUACCGGUUCGAAGGCAAACCAUUCAGGUUGUUCAGUCUGAACCAGAGUUCAGGUCAGCUCACUAUCAGGGAGGGGACUCCUCCCGGCUCAUACCACCUGCAGGUACGCGUGUCGGACCACACCUGGCCCGACGUCACCUCCACUGCUCAGGUGGACGUCAUGGAGCUGCGGCAAGACGCCCUGCAGAAUGCCGCCUCCAUCCGCCUGUCCAACCUGACAGUGGAGCAGUUUUUCAGCAGUAGUGGUGGUGAGGAGAGUCGCUUCUCCUGUCUGGGUCGAAUCUUGGCUGAACUCCUACAGACAUUGCCUGAAGAUGUCCAGAUCUUCUCUGUGUGUGAUGCUGGCCGACAGCGGGAGAAGGAGCUUGGCGUUUGGUUCGCUGCUCACGGCUCGCUGUACUACAAGGCAGAGAAACUUCAUGGCUAUGUGGCAGCAAACAAAGCCAAGGUGAGUUUCAACAUGGAGUGCAUGAUUCCUUUAACGAAUUCAGGGUUUGAGCUGUCUGCAGUAUUUCUCCUUAACUGA